UUAGAAAAAAUUUUGGACUCAGGAAAAAAAAAAGAAAGAAAGAAAAAUAUCUUUUCAGUCCUUUAAAAAAUUCUGGUCUCCUUCUGUCAAGCUAAGUGAUAGUAACAUAAAUUACUCACUUACUGCAUCAUUAAGAAGUUGCUAUCUAACUAAAGUUAACUUCUUUUGCAUGAGUAGGUACACAAUGGCAGCUAAUUUGUUAAUGGUAUGACUAACAAUAAAAUGUGUAAACACAAAUAAAGCUGGCUUUAUGUCUAACAAGCUAUAACAAGCUAUAAAUAACAUGCUAACAAACUAACAUGCUAAAAAGCUAUAAAUAUCAUGGCAAAACUAUUUUUUAAAAAACUGGGUCUUUUUUUUAAGUGUCUAAAAUAUUUAUUUUUAUUUUUAUUUAUUUUUUUAACCCAUGCUCUUUCACACGAAGUUGUUGCAGCACCCUGACAUUUGUGUGUGUGUGUGUGUGUGUGUGUGUGUGAAAUAUUUGGCCACCGUAGGUAUUUCAUUUGUGAAAAUUGUGCCCACAGGUAAGCAAACCCCUCUCUCACACAGUGAUUAUUGUGAUGGAUAAUUUCAGUAAUUACUGUGAUGUUUGAUUUCUCUGUAAUCAAAUAUCAAUUUACAUUUAUUUUAUGUUCUCAGUAACUGAAUAUGGCAGAGGACAGUGGACGAGGGUACAGUUCUGACCAUUCAAGCGUAAGCAUGCUUAAAGGAAUUCCAUCUAUUUUUUUUACAUAAUGAUUUUUAUAUCAUGCAUAAAUACUUUGUAUGUCAAUAUAAGUUUAAUUUUGCUGCUUUUCCCCAGGCAUCCACUUACAUUCUGUCUCGAACAGUAAGCAGUAUAGACUUUUUGUUAAAUGUCAUUUUCAUUGAAUGUCAUACAUUAAUAUUAAAAAAAAGUGUAUCGAGAUGUAGUUUAGUGUGAUGUAUUCUGCAGGAAAGUGACUUCUGUCUCAGUUCCUCAGAAGAGGAUGACCUGCCACCUCCUCCCCCUCCUCCUUCUCCAUCUCCUCCUACUCCCCUUCUUCCUUCUCUUCCUCCAAUUAAAGAUGUAAGGGAUAAACUAUCAUAUAUUUAAAAUAGUUGUUUUUUUUGUUUGUUUUUUUUAAGAUUCAUUUCAUUUUGUUCAUUUAUAUUUUCCCCUCAAGUACUUUGGUGAUGACGAGUAUGAGGAAGACACAGAUGAAGAGGAGGGGGAUGGGUUGAAUAUUUAAAUAAAAUUGUUUUUCUUUUACUUUACCUCUGAUCUUUGUGUAUCUUUGGGCAUGCAGUGUGACUGUGAGUCUUUGUGUUUGUGCCUUUACUACCAUUACUACCACUACCAAAUGUUACAUACAACUCUGAGUAUUAUUUACAAAGCCUGUUGAUAAAAUAAACAGUAUUUAAUUUGUGAACCUUUACUUUUACCGUUUAUUUUUGUCUUAAUUUGCGGAAUUAUUCCUCUGAGUCAUCAUUGUUUGACUAGGAAGUAAUGUUUGAUUCCCGUUUCCUGCACGUUCCGUUAUUAGCGACGCACACCAAAAAAAAAGCCUGCAGAGAGACGCAGACACGCCCACAAUACUGCCUACACUCCAGUUCACUAGGUGGCGGUAAUGCACCUUUAGUGGUUUUCCAACCGCCAUUAAAAUCAAAAAGAAGACGAAGAAGAGCAGACACACACACACACACACACACACACACACACACGCGCACGCACGCGCACACACGAGAUCACAGCGCUGAGGACUUUAUAGCUGAUUCUUCUGCUUUGCCACGCAUUUUUUUUACUAUUUUUUUUCUCCUUUUAUCUCCGUAAAAACAUGUCCGAUGAACGUGUAGUUGAUUCGCACCGGGACCAAACAGAAGACGUGAGACGAAAAUCCGCUCCAGUUAAGGAAUCUUUUGAGAAGCAGUAUAAGUUAGGAGAGCUGCUGGGAAGCGGUGGAUUCGGCUGUGUGUUUUCGGGACAGCGAAUCUCCGAUGGUUUACAGGUCGCUAUCAAACAAGUGUGCCAUGACCGAGUGCAGCAGUGGGCAGAACUGGCUGGCGAAUCAAUGACAGUCCCCAUGGAGGUGGCGCUCCUGCUGAAGGUCGGUCGUUCAGGUCACCCUGGCAUCAUCCGCAUGCUCGACUGGUUUGAGGUGCCCCGUCAGGGUUUCUUUAUCGUGUUCGAGAGACUGCAGCCGUGCCAGGACCUAUACUACUUCAUCACCGAGCGCCGUACCAUAGAUGAACCGAUGGCACGAAAGAUCUUCAAACAGGUGGUUGAAGCGGUUCAGUUUUGCCACUCGUGUGGAAUCGUCCAUCGAGACAUCAAAGACGAGAACAUUCUAGUGGACACAGGUACCGGAGACAUCAAGAUCAUCGACUUUGGAUCUGGCGCUCUGCUGAAGGACACGGCCUACACCGACUUUGAAGGAACCAGAGUUUACAGCCCACCUGAGUGGAUCCUUCAUCACCGUUACGAAGCACUUCCACUCACCGUCUGGUCUCUGGGCAUCCUUCUGUUUGACAUGGUGUGUGGAGACGUUCCCUUUGAAAGAGAUAGAGACAUAGUCAAGGCGACGCCCAGUUUCACUAAGCGUGUCUCUAAAGAAUGCCAGUCUCUCAUUCUCUGGUGCCUGGCGUACCGCCCAGAAGAGCGUCCAAGCUUAGAGCAGAUUUUGAUUCAUCCCUGGAUGAUGGAGAACUCGGAAGACAUCGGAGACCUGCGGCACGACAGCAACAUCGCGCCGAGUCUUUAA